UAACACACGCUCACGGAUCAUAAGACUGCAGCCUACGUUGCAUCCUUUACGGAUUGGAGGGGGUGGUCAUUUCUCGCAUGCGACGUGCAGCAUGUCUUGUCGUUUCAACAGGCGGAGAUUAUAAAAACCAAACUAGACUAGGAGUGGGCUAGAAUGAGCGGUACUACUGAGGAAGUGUCUACUCUCUGGAAGCGUCGCAUCAUUGUUGAAGAUAUUUACGUCUAGACAUUAGGUAGCUCAGAGACCGGGAGGGAAGUGAUAAAAGUGGAUCGUCUCAUUAUCGGAAGACUUGAGCUGUUCUUUGUGCGAUUAUUUAUCAAAGACGUAACAUUGUGCCGAAGAGACCCUUCAAGGACGCACUUUUUUCUGAUUCACUUCGUUUUUACUCAUUAGUGUUAUUUAUUUAUUUAUUUUUAAGUUGAUACAAGACUAUUUUUAAACCAGUGAUAUUUUUAAAAAGCGAAUCGAAUUUAUAGAUCGUCCCUGAACCAAAGGAUAUUUAUAAGAUUCUGAGGGAGGAAGAACGAUAUAAAAGGCAUGGAAGGAGAACAGAAAAGUAAAAUAACUUGCACAUUACUGCUGUCUUUAAUUGCUGCAGUUAUAGGAUCAUUACAGUUUGGAUACAACACUGGGGUCAUUAAUGCUCCAGAACAGAUCAUUAAAAAGUUCUAUAAUGACACCUGGUUCUACCGGAGAGUGGAGCCUAUAAAUGAUGACUACUGUACAUUUCUGUGGUCUGUGUCUGUAGCCAUCUUCUCUGUGGGAGGCAUGAUUGGAUCCUUCUCUGUUGGCCUGUUUGUUAAUCGUUUUGGCAGGCGGAAUUCUAUGCUGCUUGUCAACGUUUUGGCAUUUAUUGGUGGACUUUUGAUGGCCUUGUCAAAAACUGCCUUGUCCUUUGAAAUGUUAAUCAUGGGACGCCUCAUCAUUGGGCUCUUUUGUGGUCUUUGUACUGGAUUUGUUCCAAUAUAUAUUGGCGAGAUUUCCCCAACAUCUCUUCGUGGAGCUUUUGGUACACUGCACCAACUAGGAGUUGUUAUUGGCAUCCUCAUUGCCCAGAUAUUUGGUCUUGAAUCUCUUCUGGGAUCAGAAAAUCUAUGGCCUUUGCUUCUUGGUCUUACAAUCCUACCUGCUGUGAUUCAAUGUGCAUUACUGCCAUUUUGCCCCGAGAGUCCUCGAUUCCUGCUUAUCAACAAAAGUCAAGAAGAAAAGGCUAAAGAAGUUUUAAAAAAACUGCGUGGCACAGACGAUGUGCAAGAAGACCUCCAGGAAAUGAAGGAUGAGAGCUUGAAAAUGCUCCAAGAGAAGAAAGUUACCAUCCCUGAGCUGUUUCGCUCUCCUAGCUACCGGCAGCCUAUCAUCAUUGCAAUCAUUUUGCAACUUUCCCAACAGCUCUCUGGAAUUAAUGCUGUCUUCUAUUAUUCUACAAGCAUUUUCAAAACAGCCAAAGUCUCACAACCAAUCUAUGCUACAAUUGGGGCUGGAGUGGUGAACACAGUCUUCACAGUAGUGUCGCUUUUCUUAGUGGAAAAGGCAGGACGGCGAACUUUGCACCUCAUUGGGCUAGCUGGAAUGGCAGUUUGUGCUCUGCUGAUGACAGUUGCUCUUGUAGUACUGAAACACAUUUCUGAUAUGACUUCAUUCAGUUAUCUUGCCAUUGUGGCCAUCUUUGGCUUUGUUGCCUUCUUUGAGAUUGGUCCUGGCCCCAUCCCAUGGUUUAUCGUGGCUGAGCUCUUUAGUCAGGGUCCCCGGCCAGCUGCCAUGGCUGUUGCAGGUUGUUCUAACUGGACUUCAAAUUUUAUCGUUGGUCUGUGCUUCCAGUAUGUGGAGAAACUUUGUGGACCGUAUGUCUUUGUCAUCUUUUUGGUUUUCCUUAUCUUUUUCUUCGUCUUUACUUACUUCCGUGUGCCUGAGACACGAGGCCGCACCUUUGAUGACAUUAGCAAAAGUUUCAGCAAAGCAGAAGGUAAUGGAGUAGCUGCACCUCAAAAAGACAUAACCCUGCCUCCUAUAUCUCCCACAACCGAAAAGAUGCCCAUGGUGGAUCUUGGAAGUCCUGGUGCUCCCGCAGACCCUUCAUCAAGUGUAUAAAAUGAAGGAUAAAGCUACUGAAAUAAUGUUCUGACACUGAUCUUAAAAAAUAAUUUUAAGUAAUUGAUUUAUUUACACUGUUUAGCUGCCCAGUUCAGUGUAAUUUGUUUAAGUGUUUCGUCAUUGAACUUGAAAAAUCAUGGCGAGUUAUUAAUUUGUUUACACUGUUCAACUGCCAGGUUGGGUGUAAUUUGUUACAGUGUGAACAUUGAAGCCCAGUUUUUUCUGUAGUGUUACCUUUUAUUGAAAGGUCUCUGUGUUGGGAUUAAAUCCCUAUAUUCGGAUUAAAUCAGUUACUGUUAUAUUGGUAGACAACGCCUUUGCGCUGAGUAUAACAGAAGUAUGGCACAUGAGAAAAGGAAUCUUUUUAGUGCCCACAUCAUUCUUCUUAGUUGCAGAGGUUUUAACUGUGUGUGUCUAUGUCUCUAUUCUUGGGUAACCUCAAACUUCUAGUUCUGCCUGAAAUGAUCAUGCCUAUACUAAUGCUAAAGCCAGAUCUUCAGCACUGUGGGUGGCUUAUAGUGAAUGUGACCCAAUAUCCUGUAGACUAUGGCUGCAGAAAUUAAAUUCUGGAACAUACUAAUGAGGGAUAUUCCUGAAAUAAAGCAAAUGGUAGUGAAAAUAGUUGCAAAUAUUUGAAAAAGCAUUUGCUAUCCACCUCGUAAAUAGCCAUUAUUGGUAACUGGUUUUCAAAAAGUCUUUACAUGAUUUUCUUUAUAUUUUUUUAACUUUGAUCUAUUUUUAAAUAGGAGAGAAAAAAAUACUGUGUGAUAUUAUGACCUCUAUUUUGGUCAUUUAUUGUGUACUUUAGGGGAUUGUUAAUAAUAGAGAAUAAUGUGAUGCUGCUUUGUAACCAUCUGUAUUCUACCAAGUAACACCCUUGUAACAUCUGUUAAAGUCUUUUAUACAAAUUUAGUGUGAGGGCAGACAACACUCAACUUCUUUUUUGACUUUGUGUGUUUUCAGUACCAUCAAAACUAAUUGUACUGUUUAGCAGCAGAUGUAAAGCAUCUUGAAGUGAAACUAAACUGUCAGAACACAAAGAGAUUAAUAUGUCAAGGUAGAAAGUCCACUAUAUGCAUGUAAAAGUUGUCCUGUACUUGCUUUGAUCCGAAAGGAACCUAAGUGUUUCACAUAAUUUGCUUUCUCAUUGUUGCUUUAAUAUAUCAUAUUAUAUUAAAAACAUAGGGAACAUUGAUUUGAACUUAUGGUUUAACUUCCAUUAAUUCAGCAAAUUAAAAUAGUUGUAUGUGCCCUUUGUGGCUGUUUAUAAGACUGUGCAAUAUUUUCAAUAUUGUGAUAUUGUUUUACUUAAAAAAGAAAAUAAAAUAACCAGGGUUUGGUGUUAUUUUAAAUCAUAUAGACAUGGUAGGUGCCACUUAUAGCUGUAAAUGAUUAUUCUCCAGCUUUUAUGGUAUAAGUUUCCAAAACUUCUAUUUAUCUUUAUUGCAACAAUUUAACUGAGAAUCCACAAUUAAUGCAUCCACCAAAUCUCAGAAGGUUUUUCUAAAAUGUUUACAAUGAAAGAUACCACAGAUAUUAAAAAUAAGAUAUUUAUGUUCCAGCUAACCUGAUUUUGCACAAAUGCAAUGCUGUGUCUUUUUUCUUGUUAACACCUUAAUAUGUGAUGCUGCUUCAUUUGAUAAAUGUCAGUUAUUUGCACACCGAUAAAAAACAAAAUACAAAAUGGAAACAAGGUUAGAGUUCUAUAUGUAAACACAGAAAAUAAGAUGAAAAAUGGGAUUAGUGUAAUAUUGUUUACUUUGCUGUCUUCAUUUACUCAAAAAACAAAGUUUUCAUUUUUCUACAUCUUUUUUUUUGUUUUUAUUUAGAUUUUUCUGUUAAGUCUGUCCCAUUUGUUAUUAGUGAAAAGCAAUUGAUUUUCCAAUGAGUCAAGUUAUAGAGAAGAGUAUAAACCAUCUGCACACAGAGCUUGAACAUUCAGUUGUCAAUGAGUUUACAUGAUCAUAGCAUCUUAUUGGGAGGGGAUACAUCAUUAGAAACUGGCCUUUAUUGUUUCUGUAAAAGAUAAAAAGUACCAAAAAUUCACAUACACUGUAUUUUUUAAGUUAUUAAAUUGUUUUAUAUAUGUAAAUACAGCCUUGUUUUAUACAUAUUUGCUACUAUUUAUUUGCAUUUGUUACUUAUUUAUGUAUUUUUCACUAUCUGUUUGUGCCCUCAGUAUUUCAUUUUUUAUUGUUAGCAGCUCUUUUUUAUUUACACUUGUGAAAACUUGAAUGAGAAUAGUUUUACUGUAUAACAUCAUUGCUUAAAUAUGAUGUGUGAUGUCUGUAAUUGUUCUUUAUUUUUGUAAAAGAGAUUUUAUCCUAAACUAUUAUAUAAUUGAUGUUCCUCGUCAGAUGCCUAUUAAUGUACAGUAUAUUAAUAAAGUAACAAUAUAUUAUUUGUU